GAGCGUUCGGCCUGGGGCCUGUGGUCUGCACGGCCAUUGGCCUGCGCUUAGGCCCUCUGCAUACGUCCAGCAGACAAAAGCUUCAUGCAGUGUCUAUGACGGAUUUUCUUCAAGAAAAGAAAACGUUAUUCCUUCCCGCAGCUAUAACACUUGCUUCAUGUCGAUUUUUCCUCCCCUCCUUUAAGGAAACACUUAAUUUAAUGGCUGUGCCUGUCUGAAGGUUUGUGCUGUAGAUAGGCCUACUCAUUUAGGGGGGCUAAUGGUACUUGUACUCAAAUCGCAGUUUGAGCCCCACUGAUGCCGCUUUAUUGCGUUUAUAUUCGCAAUAAUUGUUUCUUUUACUCUUUUCAUAACUGCGCCAAACUUAAACAAGUCGCAUCAUUUUCCAUUGACCUUUCCUUGGACAAAUGUGCUUCAAAGCGGUCUUCAAAUGAUUUCAUUCACCAUAAGCGUUUACACUAUUAUUCUGGUUUUAUUUCUACAAUACUGAAUGACACAGUUAUCAACAUUCUUGUAUUGAAGGAAGGAAUGGAGGGCAUUCUUAUCUUAUCUCAAACUGUGGUAUUUGUCAGAGGUUCUUUCUUUUCGCAUGUCUUUUAAGCUGAAUUCUUGGUUGUGAAAGCUGUAGUCAAAGCAUUGGUCACUUUUGAGUUAUUACUGAGCCUACCCAUCUGUUUUAUUGUAUUUGCUUUUUUGACCUCUUUAAAGUAAUGUCAUCUGUGGUACAGUAUUUAUGAGUUUUAGCUUUAUUCAUAUUUCUUUGGUGUAGUUUUGUUAAAUGUUAUUUCUUAUCAAAAUUGUAGUGACCAAUGCAAAGCUUUUCUUUUUGACCAAUCAAAAUUUUGGUGUUCUCUAGGUCCUAACCCAUUUUGUAAAAUUCAAUAGCUACACCAGUUUUAUUAUUCCUUUAAAGUAGGAAAGUCUUUUAACUACGGGAACUAAACUUUUCCUGCAUGAGCUAUUUUUUUAAAAUGUGAUUCUAAUUGGUUAUUAUUGGAUUGAUGAAAAACAUAUGCGUCUGAAAGACUAGCGACAAAUUGAAAUUAGUGGGUAGAGCAAAGGGCUAUUGUUGGUUUUCAUGGUGGUUUAAUGUGUAGAAUAGCAAGCAAUAUUUCCUUUUUACAUUUUAUUCAGUUGUGGCAUGAUGUUUAGUUUGUUUUGAAUCAUAUCCAUUUGAUCAGUAAUACUCAGUUUGUUUAAAGUAAUGGUCCUUUUAUUAAAUGAAGUUGAAUUUUGCAUUAGUUAUAAGAGUUGAUUUAGUGGUUUGAAAGUUUGUUUGGUGAUAUGACUUGACUCACUGUUGGAAUUACAUGGAAAUAGCUUGAUCUGCACAUUACUACUGUGUGUCUCUGUGUGAGUGCGUUCCGUGCAAAUUCGAUUUCUGAAUAAAGUCUUUGAGAACAUAUGUGUGUGUGUAUGUGUGUGUGCAUGCAGUGCUGUAGUGGACUCUUUGGAUGGUCAUGUUUUCUCUUUGUCGACCGGUUCACUACAAGUGCUUAUUUUUUUUGUACAUAUGUGUGAAAACCACCAAGCUCUAUUGCUGUGCCCCUAUACAUUUCGAGCAAUAUUAAAACUAGAUUUUUACCUCUGGCAAACUUACUUUUGUUGUUUGCAAUUUUUUUAAAUGCAUUUGUAGCAAAAUUUCUUGUUUUCUCAUAUGUGUUAGUGAAAGAAUUGUUAUCUAUUAAAUUAUUACCAGCCAAACAAGUGCUUGUUUGGCUGCAUAGGAAGUUUAAUGAAAUCCGGUCGUCGCCGGCAUUAAAUGGAAGAGACCAAGUGGGCAAAGAGUGAAAACUGAAAACACGUCGACAAAGAGAAAUAUUGACAGGAAGAAGAGAGCACCUUCUUGAAGUGACCAGGAUGUCUGAGCCGCCCCCGAGGAUCCCCAGCCCGACAGCGAUCGCGAGGCCCGACGACGAUGCGGACGAAGAGGAGGCGGCCCCCGGCCCCGGCCCCGGCGCCGCCCCCGGCCAAGGCCUUGUUCACGGGGGCGUGGGGGCGGGCGGGGGCGGGCUCACGGUGCAGGACGUGGCCGCGCUGCUGCGCACCCAGUUCGCCGUGAUGACGGGAGGCCGCACCCGGGACGGGCAGCCCAUCGUGACUUUCCCCGGGUCCGGCGCGCAGGCGGUGCUCUCCGACCAGGACUUCCAGCGGCUGGCGUUGUACCUCACGUCCGUGCCGUCCAUGCAAGAGGUGGACGCGGGUUUCGUCCUGGUGGUGGACCGUCGCCGCGACCGCUGGAGCUCGGUCAAGGGCGUGCUGCAGCAAGUGUCGACCGCGUUCCCGGGCCUGGUCCAUGUCGUGUACGUGCUGCGGCCGUCCGGGCUGCUGCAGAAGGCCAUCAGCGAAGUCAGCAACAAGCUCCUGCCCCGCGACGAGUUCAAGUUCCCCGUCGUGGUGUGCUGCUCGCUGGAGGAGCUGCACCUCGCCCUGGACCGCCGCGAGCUGAGCGCCGACCUGGGCGGCGACAUCGCGUACAACCACGAGGAGUGGAUCGCGCAGCGCGUCGCUCUCGACAAGUUCUCCCGGACGACGCGGGACGUGUCCGCCGCCCUGGACAGCUUUACGCGCAGCGUCAGCGACCAGCCCGAGCUCGACACGGUGGAAGGGCUGAGCGCGCAGCUGCACGCGCAGGGCCAGCAGUACCUGGAGCUCAAGGAGGGCAUCCUGGACGCCGCCAGGUGCGGCGAGCUCUUGCUCAGGGACAUCCGGCGCCCCGGCGCCUCCCCCAAGGAGCGCGCCAGCCUGGACAGCGUGACGAGUGUCGAGCGGCUGCUCGUACAGCUCGAGGAAACGGAGCGGACGUUUGACGAGUUCUGGCAGCAGCACUCGUCGCGCCUCAAGCAGCUCAUGGAGCUGUACGCGUUCGAGCGCGGCCUCGUGGAGCUGACGGGCCGCCUGGCGCAGCACGCCGCCGCCGUGCAGGACGCGGCCUACGCGGCCGAGUCGGUGGAGGGCGUGGACGCGCUCGUGGCGCGCCUGGCCGCGCUGCGCGACCGCUGCACCGUCGACGUGGAGCGGGCCGAGGAUCUGAUCCGCACCGGCCAGCAGCUGGCGCAGGCGCGCCACUACGUGCUGCAGGGGCUGGAACAGGUGCGGCCCAGCUGCGAGGACCUCCAGGAGCGCUGCGACGAGAUGGCGCGACUCUUGGAGGAGAAGGAGACGCUGCUCAAGGAGUACCGCGCCCUGCAGGAGCGACUCAAGCACGCGUCCGACUGGUGCACGGGUGGCGUCGAGAUGCUCGCCCUGCACCCCGCGGCCGCCCUGGACAGCGCGUCGUGCCCCCGAGAGCGCGCCGAGCAGCUGGCCGAACAGCUACAGACGUUCCUGGACAACGGGCGCGACCUGAUGGCCGCCUCGCCCCGCGACUUCCACCCGCUCAUGCAAGACGCCAAGGUGACGAGCCCCGAGACGAGGGCGGCCGUGACGCUCGCCGUCCAGCGCCUAGCCGAGGUGCGCGCGCAGAUGGAGAAGCACCUGCAGGCGGUGCAACGGUUGCACCCCGCCCCCGCCCCCGCCACAGCCUCGCCGGCUCCGUCGCCCUCGCCUUCGCCAGACCUCAUCAUUCACGGCGGACGCCCCAAGUCGUUGUGCGAGUCGGACUCGAAGCAGGGCCACGUCCUGACGGAGCUCGUGACCACCGAGCAGGCCUACGUGUCUGAGCUUGGCGCCAUCAUUCGCGGCUACAAACACGAGCUGGAGAACGACAAGUACCAAACCAUGAUCCCUGUCCAACUGCAGGGCAAGUCCAACAUCCUGUUCGGCAACCUGGAGGAGAUCCACGCCUUCCACUCGGACGUGUUCCUGCCCGAACUGCAGAACUGCGUGCUGCAGGGCGGCCCCGCGGGUGCGGCCGCGACGGCCGAGCUGGUGGCGCUGUGCUUCACGCAGUGCCGCGAGCAGCUCUUCCAGCUGUACAGCGCCUACUGCCAGAACAUCCCGCGCUCCGAGGCGCUGCGCGACGCCGUGCCCGAGGCGGCCCUCUUCUUCCAGGCGUGCCAAAUGAAACUCGGCCACAAGCUGCCGCUGGCCGCGUACCUCCUCAAGCCCGUGCAGCGCAUCACCAAGUACCAGCUGCUGCUCAAAGACCUCGCCAACAAGGGCAGCGGGGAGGCAUCCCAGGCCCUGGAGGCAGCGCUGGACUGCAUGCUGGUGGUGCUCAAGUGCGUCAACGACAGCAUGCACCAGGUGGCCAUCACGGGAUUCUGGGGCGACCUGGCCGAGCUGGGGCCGCUGCUGCUCCAGGGGUCCUUCUCCGUCUGGUCCGAGAGCAAGAAGGACAGGCUGCGCGAGCUGCGCCUCAAGCCAAUGCAGCGCCACAUCUUCUUCUACCAAAAGGCGCUCCUCUUUUGCAAGAAGAUUGUCAACAACAAAGCGACGUAUCACUUCAAGCGCUACCUCAAAAUGUCGCAGGUCGGCCUCACCGAGUCGGUCAAGGGUGACCCGAAGAAGUUCGAGGUUUGGCUACAAGGCCGGCAAGAGGUCCACACCAUCCAGGCGUCGACCGUUGAGCAGACGCAGCAGUGGGUCAACGAGAUCAAGCGAGUGCUCCUGGAGCAGCUACGGGAGCUCAAGGGCGAAAAGAUCAGACAGUACUCUCUCGUCCAGCAAAACUCUGUUCCGAAACCCCUCCUGGACCCCUCGUCUGCCAAGAGGUCGAUGAGCUGCGGCGAGUCGAACGGGUCGCGCUCCACCUCGGCGUCCACCUGUGUCUCCGAGGAAGAGGACCAGUCCUCCGAGUACUCCGUCAGUGAAGACGAGGACGCUUUCUCGGAACACACUUGUGAGGGAGGACGCUACGUGUCCCUCGCGGACUACAGCGCCAUCGGGCGCAGCGAGGUGUCCAUGGCCGAGGGCGACGUGGUCGAGUUGCUCAAGGUGGGCUGUGCCGGCUGGUGGUUUGUCAAGGUUCAAAGUUCGCAAAGAGAAGGCUGGGUUCCCGCAGCGUUUUUAGAGCAUUUCGGAAAGAAAACCUGUGUCAAAUGAAUCCAUAGAUUUGCUGAGCGAGUUGGUAAAUCUUGGAGAGUUUAAAGUCUCGUACCUUGUUAUGUAAGAAGGUAAGAAGUAUUUCUUUGAUUUAGUUUGUUCACUGUCUAGGAAAAAGAAGUGUGCUAUGAAGGAAAUGUGGAUGGAAGUAUAGGGAGAGGGGAGCUACAUGCUACAACUGUUAGUCUUUGGCAUGCAUGGUUAUUCAGUAUUGCUUGGUCUUCUAAACACUGAGAAGUGAAACAAAGCCUCACCCAAUCCAAGUAUGGAACUUUUCUACCCCACAGGCCCAAAUAACUAGAACCGAGACUAGGCUGAGGAACCUGAAUAUACUUAAUUAGAAAGUUUGACGAUACGUACUUCCUUGAAAGAACCGUCCUGUGCUGAUCCUGGAAGGCUCUAGAUCGUCAUUCCAGCAGUUUAGUGGCAACAUUUGUACCUGUUUCCAUCCUACUCCACAUUGCAAAUAUAUGUAAUUUCCUGUUUAUUUUUUUAUGUGGCUGAAUAUGUCUAGGGUACUAAUAGUAUUGUAGUGUAGGUCGCUCAUCAGUUUUUGCAAGAGUUUUGAAUGCUCUUUGUAGUCAAUUACUAAUUAUGUGGACAGGCAAUACUUUUGUACUUUCAGAAAAUACAGUUGAAGAAAUUUGAUCAUGGUAGUUAUGUGCCGACAAUACAUUUAUGGAAGAUGAUACACAUCUAUCCGAUUACAGUUCCUCAGAUUUAUUCUAUCUUCAGUUUUAUACAACCAUUUCAAUUUUAUUGUCAAAAUGUAUUGUCUGCAUACAACCAAUAAGCUUGCAUCUGAAGAAUUAUAAAACACAAAACAUUAUGCUUCAUUUAAUUCUUCCCUUUCCUUGUUGUAAAUUUCAGUUUACAGGGCAGUAGGUACCCUUUAUUUUUCCAAGUUAUGUUUGGAACACUUGUAUGUGAUUUGGUAAAUUAACAAAUUUCCACCCCCUAGAUUAGCUAGGUGCUCAAAACCCUCCUGUAUUUGCUCAGUAUUUACUCAGUAUUCACCAUAUGCUUUGAUGUAUUGUAAUUUCCUUCUAUACCUUUACUCUCUUCAUGGGACCUCUGUUAGUAUCAGCUGGACAUUGAGUAUUUGGUAUAUUUUGAAUCCUUUGAAUGAAGUUUUGUCGUAUUUGUUUGUUGAUCCUUUUGUUUGUGAGUAUUUGUGUGUUCCUUUUUGACCAUGUGUAUUAUUUUACCUGAACAGUAUUAAGUGUAAAAUGUAUAGGAAACUGAAAGCUUUACAAAAUUCGAUAGAAUUACGCAAAUUUAUAAUCAAAUGGUAGUUUCAGUACUCGGUAGAAGAAUCAAGUGCACAAGAAUGCAAAAACAUCUAGUUUGAAGUACAAAAAGUUCAUGCCAUACAGUAGGUGAAAGUGUGAUUGCUUCAAGUCUUAAUGAUGGUCAUUUAGUUUUAAGUGUGUAUGCUGUUCUCAUUAAUUCAUAAAUUUUAAUUUGUAGCCUUCUCUGAAGUAAUUGUAGUUUGACUGGUUUGCUUUGAUCUCAGUUUCUAUGUGUGUUAGUCUGGCUAUCGUGUGCUAUUUUCACACAAGAAGGCAGGAAUGAUAUGUUCUCUGAAGCUUAGUGGGCACAAUAUGUACAGUGCUGUAAGAAGGAUCACGUUCCUUUAUGAACUCAUGCUCAUGCUGUGUCAAGUCUUUCACUAUUUGGCUUGCAUCUGUCUAUUUUAGGAUGCUCAUAACUCAUUGCUGAUUCACAUAAUUUUGUUGUUGUUGUAUGGAUAGAGCUGGAAAGUCCAACAGCAAUUAAAAAUGGGAUCACCUUUUAUUCUUCUCUUAAUUUUGAUGUGGAAUCAUUAAAUUUCCAAAAGAGCUCUUUAUCUAUCUACAUAUCUAGGUAUUCCUGUGUGCCGAAUGGAAUGACCGAACAGUACUAGUUUCUCAACUAUAUACAUGACCAAUGAGAUUUGACCAAUAUUCAGACCAGUCAUGUAUUCUUCUUUGUCUAAAACCUCUAGCACCUACACCUACCCUUUUUUUCUUUUUCAAACUGAUUAUCUAAUCUACAGCAAAUGGCAUGGAUUUUAAUUAAUAAUUAAUACUUAGAGUUCCCAUCAGACUAUAUAUGUGAUCUACUUUAUUUUGGCUAACCUCUGGAGCUAUCUUGUAAAUAUUUCCCCCUUGCUGGAUAUAUGGUAGUACAUGGUCAUGGGGUCUGUACUGAGAAGCAUUUUGUACCCUGCAAUAGGA